AUGCUCGGUGUCCACGUCACCCUCCGCCCUCCCACCCAACCCGCUCCCCGAGCUACCCCCGCCCCUCCGCCCCACGCCAGAUGGCCCCCCCGACCUGGAAUGCCGGACCCGGAGACGAUCAGGUUGCAUAUUCUCGGUGAUCCCCGCGUGCGCGAGGCGGUCAGGAGACAGAAUCCCGAGCUUGCCGAGGCGGCGGAUAAUGCGCAGCGGUUUAGAGAGGUGUUGCUUUCACAGCAGCAGAAGGAGAGCCAACAGGAGGCAGAGAAGGAGGCUAGAAUUGCUAUGUUGAAUGCGGACCCGUUUAAUCCGGCCAACCAGAGAGAGAUUGAGGAAAUUAUUCGCCAGAAUGCCGUCACGGAGAAUCUGCAUAAUGCGAUGGAACAUCACCCGGAGUCUUUUGGCCGAGUUACGAUGCUCUAUAUCCCCGUCGAAGUCAACGGUCACCGGCUCAACGCGUUCGUCGAUUCCGGUGCCCAGGUUACUAUCAUGUCGCCCGAGUGUGCUACAGCAUGCAACAUCAUGCGUUUGGUCGACCGGCGCUACGGAGGUAUCGCGAAGGGAGUGGGCACUGCGCCGAUUCUGGGACGGGUGCAUUCAGCACAGAUCAAAAUUGGCGAGAUGUUCCUGCCCUGCUCAUUUACCGUCAUGGAAGGCAAACAGAUUGACCUGCUCCUGGGACUGGACAUGUUGCGACGACACCAGGCAUGCAUCGACCUCCGACGCGGCGCACUGGUCAUUCAAGAUCAGGCUGUGCCGUUCCUAGGCGAAGCUGAUAUUCCCAAGCAUUUGACUGAGGAGUUCGAGGACGAGCCGACGGUCAAAGGCGCAGACGGAGCCGAGAUAGGUGCUCGAACGGGCGCCGUUACUCACCAGGCGGAGAAUAAGCCCGGUGAGCCUAGCAGUAGCGCCGCCCCCAGCAAUGCUGCUCCAAGGAUCAACAUACGACCCGCACAACCACCCGCCUCGCGCUGGCCGCAGGACACCAUUGGCAAGAUCACAGAACUGGGAUUCUCACGGGAGGACGCGGUGCGGGCACUGAAUGCCACCGGAGGAGACCUGGACAACGCUAUCAUGAUCUUGCUGGCUGAUCAUGAUCCGUGA